CCCCGCCCCGCCCCGCAAUCAAGACCCCCGCCGCUGCCCCGAUCCGAUCCCCUCCCUCUCCCCCUCCCACCACCGCCGACGCGGAGACGGCGCCGCCAAAACCCAAGCUAGGAGCGAGAGAUUCCGAUCCUCCAUAAGCGCGCGCGCGCGGGCGCCAUGGAGCCGGUGGCCCGGAAGCGCAAGGGCGCGCCGCCGGCGUGCUCCGCCGCGAGGUCCCUCCAAGAUUUGGCCUCCCGGAAGCGCGCCUGCCGCGGUUCCGAACCGCAGCAGUCCCCGCGCCGCGCCGACGCGGCGGACCCAGCCGUGGUGAUGACGGCCCCCGCGGCGAGCGGCGCGUCGGCGUCGGCGAGGGCCUUCCUCCCGGGGCGCGGGCUGAAGCGGAAGGUGGGCUGCAUCGACAGCGCCACGCGGAUCGGGCGGCGGAAGCGGCUGGAGAGCGAGUACGACCUCGGCGAGGAGAUCGGGCACGGCAAGUUCGGGUCCGUCCGCGUCUGCCGCCCCAAGGCCGCCGGGCCCGCCGCCCGGGGCGGCGAGGACGAGUUCGCCUGCAAGGCGCUGCCCAAGAACGCCGGGGACACGGCGCACCGCGAGGUGGAGAUCAUGCAGCACCUCUCGGGCCACCCGGGCGUCGUCACGCUCAGGGCCGUCUUCGAGGACGCCGACGCAUUCUACCUCGUCAUGGAGCUCUGCCACGGCGGACGGCUCCUCGAUGAGGUGGCCAGGGAGGGGAAGCUCUCGGAGCGACGCGCCGCCAAUGUGAUCAAGGAGCUCAUGGCCGUCCUCAAGUACUGCCACGAGAUGGGCGUCGUGCAUAGGGACGUCAAGCCGGAGAAUGUUCUGCUCACCAAGGCUGGAAAAUUGAAGCUUGCAGAUUUUGGAUUGGCCGUGCGAGUUGCUGAUGGUCAGCAAUUGAUUGGUGUUGCUGGCAGUCCCGCGUAUGUGGCACCUGAGGUUCUACUAGGAAAUUACUCGCAAAAAGUAGAUAUAUGGGCUGCCGGGGUGCUUCUGCAUGUUCUAUUGAUGGGCACUCUUCCUUUCCAAGGAAACUCAGUCGAAGCUAUCUUUGAUGCUAUAAAGACUGUGGACCUUGAUUUUCACAGCAGUCAGUGGGCAUCAGUGUCACAUCUUGCUCGCGAUCUCAUUGGCCGAAUGCUAACUCGUGAUGUCUCUUCAAGACCCGACGCCGAAGAUGUUCUCCGGCACCCCUGGGUCUUAUUCUACACUGAAUCCCCGCAGAAAGCUGAAUUCUCUAACCUAUGGGGUACUAACAAGACUGCAACUCCCAUGAUCCAUCGGGAGAGAGUUAGGUUUGAUUACUGUGAGUCUUCAUCUUCAGAAUCCUCAAGUGACAACUCUGAAGAGCAAGAUGAAUGCGGUAUAGUUGACGCACUGGCGACAGCAAUAACACAGGUGAGGAUAUCAGAGCCCAAGAGGAGCCGGCUGUUCAGCCCAGCCAACGGGCUGUUGCCUCCAAGCAGGAACACUCUCCGAACAUGAAGAGGAAUCCGUGUGUGGCUUUCUGACUUGACCUACCUAGCCCUCUUGCUUGUAUAUACGAGCUCUGUGAUUUUGUAGAUGUAAAAAAUUGUUUUGUUUGCCGUGGUUGAUGUUUUGCAAUUGUAGCUCGCUGAGGCUCUAAUCCUUUGUAAAUAUAUCCACUGUUGUCAUCGUUUUUCUUUACAUCGAUGACACUGUAAUUGAUUCGUUUUAGUUUUGUUUC